AUGGCGGAAAAGCUUCUUUGCUCCGCCUCUCUCUGGUUCCAAGCCAGGUUUCCUUUUCUCCACGUCUUUCCGCGUGGUGCCGCGCCGUUUCGUCAUGGGGCCGCUGACGAGAGGCAUCUCGCCCACGAAGACACGAAUGCCUCGCGACCGUCGGUGUCUGGCAAGAAGGGCGCCUGGUGGAAGACGAGCCUGUUCAGCGGCAUGAUCAACGAUGUGCGGAGACGAGCACCUUUCUACUGGAGCGAUUGGACCGACGCGUGGGACUAUCGCGUUGUGCCUGCAACGGUGUACAUGUACUUUGCCAACAUCCUGCCUGCGCUGGCCUUUUCGCUCGACAUGUUUGAAAAGACGAACCGGAGCUUUGGUGUGAACGAAGUGCUACUCGCCUCUGUCCUGGCCUCUGUCGUCUUCUCCAUCGGCGCAGCACAGCCGCUCGUCAUUGUCGGGGUCACUGGACCCAUCACCGUGUUCAACUACACCGUCUACGAUAUCAUUGUGCCGCGAGGGACAAACUACUUUGCCUUUAUGUGCCUGAUUGGGCUGUGGUCGCUCGUCUUCCACUGGGUCCUGGCCAUUACCAAUUCGUGCAAUGGGCUGAGAUAUGUCACGCGCUUUUCCUGCGACAUCUUUGGCUUCUACGUCGCCUUCAUCUACCUGCAGAAAGGCAUCCAGGUGCUGACGCGGCAGUGGGAAGUCAAUGAUGCUUCGGCGUAUCUCUCCGUCAUGGUUGCCCUUUUGGUCACAGCAGUAGCAUACAUCUGUGGUCUCAUUGGGCAAUCGUCGCUCCUGCAGCGACACGUUAGAAAGUUCAUCGAGGACUACGGCACACCGCUGACUGUGGUCUUCUUCACGGGCUUUGUCCAUAUUGGCAAGAUGGCAGGCAUCGAGCUGCUCAAGCUACCCACGUCCAAGGCGUUCUUCCCCACGGCGGACCGCGGAUGGUUUGUCCACUUUUGGGAUAUCAGCGUGGGCGAUGUCUUUCUCGCGAUACCCUUUGCGAUCCUACUAACCAUCCUGUUCUGGUUCGACCACAACGUGUCCAGUCUCAUUGCGCAGGGUACCGAAUUCCCGCUCCGAAAGCCCGCCGGCUUUCACUGGGACUUGUUUCUUCUUGGACUCACAACGGGUGUUGCUGGACUGCUCGGCAUCCCGUUUCCAAAUGGACUCAUUCCUCAGGCACCCUUCCACACAACGUCGCUUUGCGUCACCCGCACGAUUUCCGAUGGCGACGACGAGGCGAACAAAGGUCAUAGGCGCCGCGUAGUAGAUCAUGUGGUAGAGCAGCGCGUGUCGAACCUCGCUCAAGGUCUCUUGACGCUUGGCACCAUGAGCGGCCCCCUACUCAUCGUGCUCCAUCUCAUCCCGCAAGCGGUCCUCGCCGGACUCUUCUUCGUCAUGGGGAUCCAAGCACUUGAAGCAAACGGCAUCACGCUCAAGCUGCUCUUUCUCGCACGCGACCGGCACCUUACACCCAAGUCGGAGCCUUUGAUGCGCAUCGAGCGGCGAUGGGUGAUUUGGGUUUUUGUUGGCCUCGAGCUCAUUGGCUUUGGGGCCACGUUCGCCAUCACACAGACAAUUGCGGCGAUUGGUUUCCCCGUCUUCAUUUUGCUGUACAUUCCCAUGCGCACGUGGCUCAUGCCGCUGUUCCUGACGACACAGGAGCUGGGCAUCCUGGACGCGCCGACUGCAAGCCCAUUUACCAUGGAGAGCGUAGGCGGGAACCAUGGGGAGGCAGAGAAGGGAGAGAGCAGGCUGAGUGUCGGCGACGAGGCCAGGAGGAAUGCACAAGGAGAGGGAGGGAGUACAAGACGACGAAGUAGUUUUCGCGCUGCGGAUGGGUCUGAACAAGAUAAUAUAGAGAAGAUGUAAUGGCUGGGGAUUGUUACGAUGGCGGAUUAAUGGACUGGGAGGUCAAAAAGAAUAGAUUUGGGGAGUCUGAAUGUGGGCAGGCAUGUGUUACAUUUCUGUUUGGUAGACUGCAUGGGG